AUGGCAGCGCUCAAGGAUGGUUAUAUUUUAACGACUUUGGCUCAAAAAUCAAGUUUAUUGUCUAUUGAUUGUGCUCAGUCAUCAAAUUUCAUUUUGAUUACGAGCCAAACUAGCUUUAUCAAUAUAUUUAAUGUUAAUGAUCAGAAGAUAUUCAACAGUUGGUCAGUUAGACAUGGCAUUUCUAUAACAUCACCAACAACUUGGUCCUCACUUCAUAAUCAAUAUCUCACAGUGUUCAAUAAACAGGAGAUUAGAAGAUGGUCUGAAGAAGAAAAGUCAAUAGACAAAGCCAAAAAGAAACAUGUGAAAAAGGACAUCAAGAAAAUUUUAACAUAUAAAGACUAUGAACCAAUAGUAGUGUGUGAAAAUGGUACUGUUGAUUUUAUUGAUGGUAUCAAGACAACCAGUGAACAACCUAUACUUGAUGAUGAUGCAAAGCUUGUUUUCUGUCAACUUGUACCAUCUCCAAGUGGUGUAAAGGUGCUCUAUAUUUCUGAAGUCAAGAGUACCAGAAGUCUACACUGCCAUGAAUAUAAUGAUAGUAACAAGGGAUGGAAUCAUACUACAUACAGUAUAAAUUAUAAAGAUAACAUAUUAGAUUAUAGUUAUUAUACAGAUAACAAUAAUAACACUUUUAUAUAUUAUAUAGGUUUAGAUAAAGAUUUAUAUAGAAUAAAAGUAAAUAAUGAUAGUAUAGAAGAGGAAUUGGUAACAACUAUAACAGAAAUAACAUCAUCUAUUAACAUGGUGGCCUUAGAUUCUACACAGUUAAUUAUAGCUGGUUUACAUCAUAAUAAUCAAGAUGGAUUUGGAAUAUAUGAUAUGAAAUAUUCAGCUAUACAAUCAUUUCAACCAUUUCCAGAAGAAUAUAACAUUCAACCUAAGAUAUUUUUGGUAGAGAAUCAACUAUUUCUAUCUUGUAAUAGAAAUAUCUAUGUAUAUGAUAUAAACAGUAGAACACCAACAUUAGGAGAAUUUUUAGGAAAAUCUAUGACUACAGAUCAGGAAGAUACAAGCCAGCAAGUUAUAAGUUGGUCUGUUAAAGAUGAUAAGAUAAAGACCAAUAAAUGUGAUGAUCUUGAAAAACUAAUAGAUUUCUCUAAGACACCAAACCAUAGUAAAUUUUCUAGUAUUUUCCAGUCUUUUCUACAAAAACAGGACAAUUUAAUAUCAAUUUCCAAUAUUCAUCUUAAAAAACUUUGUCAGCGAUGUCUUCGUGAAAAGAAGUUUUGGCCAUCUGAAGAAAUGAAGGAACUUCUUGAGCAUGGAUUAAUACCUCCAGAAAUUUCUACUGAACUAAUUACUGUUUUAAUAGAGAAAGAUGAAAAGAAACUUCUUAAUCUAUGUUUAGAUAAACUCACUGGUAUAUCAGAACAAUCAUUGAUUCAAGUUUUACAAUAUUAUCUUAGUUUAUCAGAAGAUGAUUUAAAUGAGGAGAUGAUAUUAAAAUCAAUACCUGUCUUAAAGAUAGAUGAAGAAAAAUGUCCCUUUAGUAAAUUAAAGACAUAUUUAAUGUAUCCUUAUGAAAAAUAA